AUGGGAUACACCAAGACGGACGAGUUGGCCAUCAACACCAUCAGAACCCUCGCGGUCGAUGCCACUUUCAAGGCGAACAGUGGCCACCCAGGUGCCCCAAUGGGCAUGGCAYCCGUGGCCCACGUUCUUUUCAACAAAUUCAUGACCUUCAACCCCAAGAACCCCGACUGGCUGAACAGAGAUCGCUUCGUGCUCUCCAACGGUCACGGAUGCAUGCUCCAGUAUGCUCUUCUCCACCUAUUCGGCUACAAGGUGACCAUCGACGACCUCAAAGCUUUCCGCCAAGUCGACAGCAUCACACCCGGCCACCCUGAGGCCCACGACACACCCGGUGUUGAAGUCACCACUGGUCCUCUUGGUCAGGGUUUCGCCAACGCCGUUGGUUUGGCUAUUGCUCAGGCCCACACCGCGGGUGUGUUCAACAAGCCUGGCUUCGACCUCAUCAACAACCACACAUACAUGUUCUUUGGUGAUGGCUGUGCCAUGGAGGGUAUUGCCAGCGAAGCUGCUUCAACUGCUGGUCACUUGCAGCUUGGCAACCUGAUUGCUAUUUACGAUGACAACCACAUCUCUAUUGACGGUGACACCAAGUGUGCCUUCACUGAGGAUGUGACAAAGCGUUUCGAGUCAUAUGGCUGGCACGUCGUGUGGGUCAAGGACGGUGACAACGACCUUGAAGGAAUUGAGAAGGCCAUUGCUGAGGCCAAGGCCGUCACGGACAAGCCAUCCAUGAUCAGACUCACCACCACCAUUGGUUUCGGCUCCAAGCUCCAGGGAACCGGCGGCGUGCACGGAAACCCUCUCAAGGAGGACGACGUCAAGCAGGUCAAGGAGAAGUUCGGUUUCGACCCAACAAAGACCUUUGCUGUCCCUCAAGAGGUGUACGACAUGUACGGCAAGCACGCUGCUGAAGGUGCUGCUGCUGAGCAGGAGUGGAACCAGCUGUUUGAGAAGUACCAGAGCGAGCACAAGGAGCUGGGCGCCGACCUUAAGCGUCGUCUGACCAAAAAGCUCCCCGAGGGCUGGCAGACAAAGCUCCCGGUCUACAAGCCAUCUGACUCGGCCAUUGCUUCGCGUAAGCUUUCUGAGAGCGUUCUUGAGGCCAUCUACGAGCACGUUCCUGAGCUUCUUUCCGGCUCUGCUGAUUUGACUGGCUCAAACAACACCCGAUGGAAGAAGGCCGUCGACUUCCAGCCACCAAGCCUCGGAAUCGGUGAGUGGAGCGGCCGUUACUUGCGUUACGGUGUGCGUGAGCACGCCAUGGCCGGUAUCAUGAACGGUCUCUCCGCCUACGGCACCAUCAUCCCCGCUGGAGGUACCUUCUUGAACUUCGUCUCAUACGCCGCCGGAUCUGUCCGUCUCUCGGCUCUCUCACACCAGCGUGUCAUCUACAUCGCGACUCACGACUCCAUUGGUCUUGGUGAGGACGGCCCGACCCACCAGCCUAUCGAGACUCUUGCUCACUUCCGUGCUCUGCCAAACAUGAUGGUCUGGCGCCCAGCCGACGGUAACGAGUGCUCCGCGGCGUACUACGUUGCCCUCACAUCCACUGGCACCCCAUCUCUCCUCGCCUUGACUCGUCAGAACCUGCCACAACUCGAGAACUCUACCAUCGAGAACGGUAUCAAGGGUGGUUACGUCGCUCUCGAGGACAAGUCCGCCCAGAUCACUCUUGUCGCUACUGGAUCCGAGGUUUCCCUGGCCCUGGAGGCCGCCAAGUUCCUCAAGGACAACAAGAGCGUCGCURCUCGUGUCGUCUCGCUUCCUUGCUGGGAGGUGUUCGACGCUCAGCCAAAGGACUACAAGCUCUCGGUCAUCCCAGAUGGCAUCCCAUCGCUCAGCAUUGAGGUCAUGUCCACCAUGGGCUGGGAGAAAUACUCUCACGAGCAGUUCGGCUUGAACCGAUUCGGUGCCUCUGGCCCAUACAAGGAGGUCUACGCGAAAUUCGAGUUCACCCCAGAAGGCAUCGCCAAGCGCGCUGCUGCCACCAUCGAGUUCUACAAGGACGUCAAGCCUCUUCGCUCGCCACUUAACCGUGCGUUCGAGCAGCUGAUCUAA